AUGACCAUCGAAGGGACUAUCGUGGAGACCGUCUGGAACCUGAGAAACAAGUGGUGGGUGGAGGAUGACAUUCUACGUUUAUCGUACCUGGUGGGCAUUAUACCAUAUAUGAUCAAUAUGUUUAGAGAUAGAAAUAUGGAGCUAAUUAUUACUUAUUUGGUCAUCGCAUUUAUACUUGUACUGGUACCUCUCGCCGGCCUUCGCCACAGCCGCCGCCGCUGCCGCAAAUUUAACCUUCCCCCGGGUCCCAAGCCAUGGCCAGUGAUCGGAAACCUCCACCUCAUCGGCCCACUUACCCACCAAUCCCUCCACGCCCUCGCCAAGAAGCACGGCCCACUCAUGUAUCUCCUCCUCGGAUCCCGCCCCACCGUCGUCGGCUCCUCCGCCGCCGCAGCCCGGUUCUUCUUCAAGACCCACGACCUCUCCUUCUCCGACCGCCCCAACACGUUCGUCACCAAGUACACGGCAUACAACUCUUCCGACAUGGUUUGGUCACCCUACGGCCCCUACUGGCGCCAGGUCCGCCGCCUAUCCCUCACCGAGCUGUUCAGCGCCAAACGCCUCCACUCCUUCUCCUCCAUCCGCGUCGACGAGGUCCACUCCCUCCUACGCCGCAUUUUUGACGCGUCUCCGCAGGUCGUCGUCAAGGAAUUCCUCUUCACCUUCGCGUUCAAUGUCAUCAGCCGCAUGGCUUUUGGGAAGCAAUACAUAGCACAGGACUUCAAGGAGGGGAUCGAGGAAUUAGUGAUGCUUUUUGGAGUCUUCAACCUCGGCGACUACAUUCCCUGGCUCGGAUUCCUCGACCUGCUGGGCAACGUCCGCCGGAUGAAGCUGCUGGGCCGGAAGCUCGACAGCUUGUACGAGCAAAUUCUGGUCGACCACGAAGAGCACCGCCUAUGCGAAGGUGACGCCUUCGUUGCCAAGUACACGGUCGACGUGCUCCUUCUGAUGGUCGAUGAUCCAACCAUCGACAACGAUACCAGACUUGAUAGGGACAGGGUCAAAGCUUUCAUUCAGAGCAUGAUCGUUGGCGCCUCCGGCUCGUCGUCGGUGACAAUCGAAUGGGCCAUCUCGGAGCUCGUACGGAACCCCGAGAAACAGAGGAAGGCAGCAGAGGAGCUGGAGCAGGUUGUAGGCCGAGGGCGGUGGGUGGAGGAGGAUGACAUCCCACGGCUUCUGUACCUGGUGGCCGUCGUCAAGGAAACGAUGCGCUUGCACCCGGCGGUGCCCCUGCUCGUUCCGCGGCAAGCUCGGGAGCACGCCGUCGCGGGCGAGGACUGCGGCGGGUAUGACGUCCCCGCGGGGACGAGCGUGCUGGUGAACGUGUGGGCCAUGGGGCGGGAUCCAUCUGUGUGGGAGUCGCCGGAGGAGUUCAUGCCGGAGCGGUUCUUGGGCAGCGCUGUCGACGUGAAGGGCCAGGACAUGGAGCUAUUGCCGUUCGGAGCAGGGCGGAGGAUGUGCCCAGGGUACGGAUUGGGAUUGAAGAUGGUCCAAUUAUUGAUGGCCAAUCUUGUUCACGGAUUCGAGUGGCUGCCUCCAGCGGGGAUGAGGCCGGAGGAGGUGAGCAUGGAGGAGGCGCCCGGUACCACCCUGCGGCGGGAGGUGCCACUGAAGGCUAUCGUCGUGCCCAAACUGCCACGUCACCUUUACUGAUCCACGUGUUAUAUAA